CGACAACUGCAGCCCAGAUAGCACAGGUGUUGAUAUAGCCUACUCAGCCAGCCCCCAGCAGCCUUGUGCAUGUGCUUUCCUCUCCCAGUCUACAUUGUGUUUCUGCACUAAUACCUUCGACGCACUCAUACUAUGUCUGAUUCGUUUAUUGUUGAAUGGGCGAGAGCUCAACAGCCCAAGGCUCCCAGCAUGAAAAAUGCCCCCGUCUUUUACCGGAACCUGGAAGAAGAGCUCGAUGUGCGUCGAGCCCAGCAUGGCUGCAUCAUGCUGCACACCAAGGAACAAACAUCCAUGGUGGACUUUUCCUCUACCGAUAUUCUCGGGCUGAGCACCUCGGGCUCCGUCCGCAAAGGUUACCUGGACGAGCUCGCCAAGCAUCCCGAUUUCAAGCUGAGCAGUCACGGAUCGCGUCUGACCGACGGAAACUCCAAAUACCUGGAAGACGUCGAGCGUGAGCUGGCCGAAUUUCACGGUGCCGAGGCUGGGUUGAUUGUCAAUACGGGAAGCCUGGGCAACGCCGCUAUUUUCUCUGUCAUUCCACGCCCCGGCGAUGCCAUUGUGUACGAUGAGCUCAUCCACGCCAGUGUGCAUGAUGGCAUGAAGGACAGCUUGGCCUUGUACCGCAAGGCCUUCCGCCACAAUGACUCCGAAUCGCUGUAUGAUGCACUGGUGGCCGUCCAGGAGUCGCAGCCCCAAAUUCGCAACGGCACGCGAUCGGUCCUGGUGGCAGUUGAGUCGGUCUAUAGCAUGGACGGGGAUAUCUGCCCGCUCCAGGAGCUAAUUGAAACAGCCAAGGAGGUCUUUCCGGAGGGAAAUGUUCAAUUUGUGAUUGAUGAAGCGCACAGCACCGGGGUGAUUGGGCCCAACGGUGCUGGGCUGGUAAGCGCUCUGGGGCUGGAAAGCGAAGUGGCGAUCCGACUGCAUACGUUUGGGAAGGCGCUGGCUGCGACUGGAGCCGUGAUCCUGUGCAAUGAGACCGUGCGCACGAUGCUGAUCAACUACGCCAGAAGCAUCAUGUUCUCCGUGGCGCCGUCCUUCCCCAUGCUGGCCUCCAUUCGCGCUACGUACCAACUCUUGCGCAGUGGCGAGACACAAGGGGCCCAGAACCGUGUUCAGGAGAUUGUGAAAUUCUUCUUGGAGACCAUGACCUCCGACCCGAUUUGGAGUAAGGCCAGCGACACCGGGCUUCUCCGCCUUCCCACAUACGAAGACGCGGAUGUCCAGCCAGUCCUCACCCAGAUCAUCCAGCUGCGGACGCGCACCAAGCACAACUUCUACCUUGCGUUCCACCUGCAACGGGCCGGUUUCUCGGUCUUCCCCAUCUCGUAUCCGGUGGUGCCCAAGGGGACGGAACGCGUGCGGAUCAUCUUCCAUGCGUCGAACACGGACGCAGAAGUGAAGGCCCUGGUUGCUGCAAUUGCGGAAUGGGCCCAAGAGAUGCUGGAGAUUGAGAGCAGCGGGGAUCGAACGAGGGUGCCAGCUGCGGCGCGGCAUGUGUAUGCGUUGAUUGCUCAGGCUAAUAUGAAUGGGAGCGAGUAG